AUGUCCUAUUGCCUCUAUAAGGAGAACUGGCUAAAAAGAAACAGAAAUAAGCUAAUAGAUGUAGCCAGUGAAAACUUCAGAUUCCUUGAUGAGAACGGCUAUUACAAAAAGAAGCCAGAAAUGAAUCCUUUUGGAAUGGGCAAGAGGACAUGUCUCGGCGAAAACCUGGCGCGAUAUGAACUCUUUCUUGUCUUCACCACUCUGCUGCAGAAGUACGAAUUUCGACCGAUAGAAGGAGAACCGUUGCCGUCAUUGGAACGAAGUGAAGGAAUGACGAAUGUUCCUAGAAAAUACCGGUGCACUGUGAUUCCACGAAGCGAAGAAGAAGUAGCGUCCCCGAGUUCUGCAGCAGUAUCGUCACGAAAUCCGCAAUGGAUGAGCAGAGUAUUCCGACGUGUCGAUGGAGCGCGGAUCACAUCGUACUUCUCGGUUCGUAAACGUGCUCGUGAGGACGAAGCUAAGGAUUGCUGCAAGCGUGCUCGCCGAGGUCUGACAGUGUGUGAUGUUAAGUUCAUCUCGCCGGCAGAAGCUUGCAAUGGAAUGAAUCCUCUGUUCCUUCACUAUGUGGAAUUUCAGAAUGAGUGUUGCGCCAUUGGGCACUCGUCUGUCAGCGGUCGUGUGGUUCCGCGCAUCCCAACACCUCUUGGAGCUUUCGGAGAACUGCCAUCAAAUUUACUUCACCUACUGUUUGAUAAUCUUGAAGUAUCGUGUCUGAUCGCUCUUUGCUUAACUUCAACGGCUUGGUCGACAUAUGCGUUGGAUUAUGUUUAUUCGCAUUCUUUUCUAAGACGGGCUCAACGUGAAAGCACAAGGUUUACCGAGAAUGGUGCAAGAUCUUCAUUCAAAUACUUCACUCCAAGUGAUCCAUUCUAUUGCUAUGGUACGUUGAAACUUUAG